AUGCCUUCCCAACGGCGUACAAGACUUGCCGCAUUUGCGUUCAUCGCAGUUGUUGUGCUCAUGUUCUACUAUUCGGGUGAAGCAAAUAAGAUCCAAAACCAAAAGUUCUACCAAUCGACUCUUGAAGCAAUGAGAGCCAAGGAAGAAGCGAAACAUUCCACGACGAAAGAGAAGAUCCAAGAGGCCAUUGCCAAGCCAGCUGUUCAACAUGCUGUCCCAAAGGUCGAAAAUGUCGAGGCUGAACGACCGGCUGUUCUAGAGAAUGAGCAGGAGAUGGAGGAGAUUCCCAUUGCAGGACGGACAAAAAUGACAGUUCCAAAGAAGGGAGUACAGGAGUCCUCGUCCGGUUCCACACCCAAAGAACAGGCUGCGGAGGCCGAUCCUCUAGAUGCUAAGAGCGAGUUAGAUUCAAUCCUGAAGAGAUCUCCUAGUAUGUUUACACUUUCACCCGUGUUGCGCUACGGCCACGAUGGCCAACUAUGUUGGAGGACCUUUACUAAUAGCGAUGUUCUCAUUCCAGUCGUGAUCUUCUCCAAGUCGUAUUGCCCCCACAGUAAGAGAGCCAAAACCAUUCUGCUGGAAGGAUACUCUAUCACGCCGAAACCACUUGUCGUGGAGCUUGACCAGCAUCCGAUUGGACCGCAAAUCCAAAGCCUUCUGGCACAGAAAACAGGUCGUAGCACGGUUCCUAACGUCCUUGUGAAUGGCAAGAGUAUCGGCGGUGGAGAUGAUAUUGCUUCUUUAGACCAAAGCGAUGACCUGGCGUCAACGUUACAGGGGAUGGUCGGAAAGUUGGGGGUGGAGGUAUCUCGGGGAUCACACAAGAUGCGGUACAUUCACUCCGAGGAGACGCUGCCCAUUCCGGACAAUGUGAAGAUUCACAUCCGUUCGCGCAUCGUGACCGUCGAGGGUCCCCGUGGCAAGCUCGUCAAGGACCUGUCCCACCUUGCCGUCACCUUCGGCCGCCCCGAGGAGAAAGUCAUCUCCAUUGAGUUGCACCACGGUGCCCGCAAGGGUGUCGCUACCCUCCGCACUGUCCGCACCCUGAUCAACAACUUGAUCAUCGGUGUUACCCGCGGUUUCCUCUACAAGAUGCGUUACGUCUACGCCCAUUUCCCCAUCAAUGUCAACAUUGAGAAGAACGCCGAGACCGACCGCAUUGAGAUUGAGAUCCGUAACUUCCUCGGAGAGAAGUACGUUCGCCGUGUCACUGCUCAGCCCGGUGUUGAGAUCAUCACCUCCCCCAACGUCAAGGACGAGCUCCAGCUGUCUGGUAACUCCCUGGAGAACGUCUCCCAGAGCGCCGCCGACAUCCAGCAGAUCUGCCGUGUCCGAAACAAGGAUAUCCGUAAGUUCUUGGACGGUCUGUACGUGUCGGAGAAGGGAAACAUUAUUGAGGCAUAG